AUGGUUAAAUUCAUUGAAAUCCUAUAAUGCUCAUCUACAGGCUUAAUAUUAGGAUAGGCCAGAAUUAAUAUUUUGAAAGAUUCUCUGAAUAUAAAGUACUCAAUGGAACUAUUAAUCUUAGUUGACUUUCUAUUUGCAUCUAAUUUAAUUAAUUCUAAGGAUAUCCAAAAUUGGUUACUAUAUUAUGAAGUAGAAUUUUGGAAAGAAUUUAGGAUUCACUGA